AUGGAAUUUGUAUGCUUUACUUCACCAUUGAAUCCCACUAAUGGCGUUGAUUUUCGUGUUAGUUCGUCUUCACUAAAGUCUAGUCCAGCGAGAGUGUGCAUGAAGAGAAUGUUCGUCGAGGUGCCACUGUCGAUUAAUAUCCUUUUCAUCAAGCAAUUAGCCAUCGUCAGGGAUAUUACCAGUGCAUCAUGA